AUGAGAGGCCUUUUGCUCUUUGCAUCCCUUAUGGGCCUUGCCCUUCAAUCGCUCGCAUCACCAUUACGGUCUGGCGUUAUUCCGGCCCUUGAGGUGCGAAAGGUGCGAGAUAGCUCGCAGCGGACAAUGCUAAGCUUUUCAACAGAUAACGAGCAAGACCUUCAUGAAUUCGAUGGGAUUUUGCCCGAGUCAGAAACGGCCUGA